AUGCCAAAUAUGAAACCAGAAGUUUUUAAUGCUGUUCUCAAUCCGCAAAUUAUCCUCGAAAUUUUGGCAGCUUCUGAUGAAUUUAUACUUGAAAGCUUGAUAGAUACCAUUCAAACCUACAUGAUCGAGAUGCAGUCCGAAUGGUUACAACUCAAUAUUAUUAAUCCUCUCAAUAUAGUUUGUAAGUAUGAACAUAUUACUAGACUACGGAAUCAUUUAAUUGAACUUGUUUGUGAGAAACCUCAUUUGUUAUUCGCAUCAAUGGAUUUUCCUCUAUUGGAAGAAUCCGCUUUGAUUUAUGUCUUAAAACAAGACGACCUAGAGUUGGAAGAGAUGAAAAUAUUGGAGAAUGUUAUCAAUUGGGGGGCCGCAAAUAGUAACCCAAAGUUAAGUCAGGAUCGAACUAAAUGGACCAAUAAUGAUUUAUUGGUACUUAAAAGGACGUUACAUAAAUGCAUCCCUUUUAUCAGAUUUUUUCACAUUCACUACAAUGAUCUUUUGAGUGCUCCGUUUCAAGAUAUUCUAUCAAAGAAACUUAAAAAUAAUGUCAGAAAUUAUCAUCUUAAUCCUUACGCGACGGAACGUCAAAUUCAAGUUUUACCACCUCGAAUGUCGGACAAACUCGAUUCGGAUUUAAUUUCUUUCAAUGAAAUUAAUAGGGUUGCAGGCUGGAUAGAUUAUAGGGGGAAACCGUAUGCAUAUCAAGAAAAUCCAUUCGUAUUCAAACUCCUGCUUCGUGGCUCUCGUGAUGGAUUCGGGAUUGACACAUUCCACAACCUUUGUGAUAAUGAAGGUGCAACAAUCGUGGUCAUUAAGGUUCAAGGGUCAGGAGAAGUAGUUGGAGGAUAUAAUCCAAUCAAUUGGAACGUGGGAAAAACUAGUAAGCGUGACAAUUUCGGAAGAAUUGCCUAUCGAGAUCAACGAUGCUAUACAUCAAAUAGCUUUAUUUUUUCUCUUACAAAUCCGAAUGAUCCAACAUUAAGCCGCGUUAAUAGUCCAAUGGAAUCCAUCUACUGGAAUGGCAAUAAAGGCCCAUAUUUUGGAAGUGAUUUAUGCAUGACAAACACUUCCAUCUGGCUCAGUACACAACGAUCUUACGAACGUAAAAUCAUUCAAAAAGAGAUUUUUUUCGCUGAGGAUUAUGAAGUUUUUCAAGUUUCAAUCAAAAAUUAUCAGAUUAGAAGGAAGCAAAUGAUCAACAAUAUAGAUUAUAAGGGAAUUUAUUCUAGUUCUUUUGUUUUAUGUCUUUUUACUUUUUUAUAUUUUUCAACUUCCGUAACUUUUAAGGUGUUCGUCUUUACACUCUUUGGUCAACUGAUUGUAAAUUGGGUAUUAUCUUAUUAUCAAUGUUAUUAUCAAGAACGUUUAUUGGAUAAAGUGAUUUAUGUGGAUAUGGCAUUGAAAAUUGUACCUCUUUUGCUUAUAGGACGACCAUCGUAA